ACAGGAGAAGUUUUAUUCAUCCUUGACGUGAAAAGUAUUUCAUGGGGAGAAUAGCAUGAAAGCGAAUGCGUGUAUUUAUAUAAGUGACAUGCAUUCAUUUCCAUGCAAUUUUCAGCCUGGUUUUGCAUGGAGUCAAUACAGUAUUGUAUGUGUGUAUACGCAUUGUAUACAUUAUGUACAUACCUACAUACAUGAAAUAUAUCGCCAUUAAUCUGAAUAUGUUAUGAACAGUAAAAUAAGCACCGCGACAACCUGGUUUAUCGUUAUAUUUCUAGAUAAGUAUUUUCGGUGUGUAGAUUGUGUGUAGAUUGCGGCUUCAUAAUUAACUGAUAGCAUCGACAAGCAUAUGUACCUAUUGUUUAACCGAAGGAUGAGUAAACUUGGAGUGUGAAAUUUUAACCAAAUCCCGUUUUAAUCAUAGAAUAAGUAAUACCAUAUUAUUUAAAAAUAAUAGUAAUAAUAAUGUCUUCAGACUUGACUCUUCCUCAAACCGACACAUCUACCAAAUUUCAAAUACCGACAAUUGCAUAUGUACUAGCCAUACCAAAACUAAACUCAUGGAUAUGGCGAACUCGUGACCCAAACAAUGUGGGGCAAGAAAACAGCUAUUUUGCCAAAUUUAAUGGCCCAGGAAUGCAGAUCUUGCGAAACGCUUCAAACGACGACCUCAACACAGUAAUAAUCCUGCUAAACACUUUGGAGAAAGAGCUAGUUUUGAGUGGAAACGAAGAUACAGAAAACCAAAUACGGUCGACAAAAGUUCUGGUUAAGGCGACAUUAAAAAUCUGGAUUCAAACAAGUCAAGGCAAUGCUUCGUAUCAAAAUCUGAGCGAAAUUUUGAGGAAAUUUAAUCUUAUAGAAGAAGCAGACAGGAUUGACAAUUGGAUAGUUAAUUUUCGAAGGUUGAAGGAUUUUCAUUUGAAAGAAAAAGAUGACUUUCUCUUGACAUCCGAGCAUCUGAAACCCAUCACCAAAACGCUAAAUUUGCCCUCUCUUGACCACUGGUUUCAAACCUUUAUUAACUCCCGCGAAGUGUACGGAUUGGGAAUGCUAUUCUUGGAGAAUGCUACAGAAGCAGAUAUAAAACGCGUGCUUGGCAUGAACGAGAAGGCGUCGUAUGUGGCUCAGUGCACAUUAGAAAUUUGGAUUCAAACCGAAAAAUAUGAAGCAACCUUUAACAAUUUUGUGAGGAACCUUUGGAUUCAUCGUGGAAAUAUAAGCCUUGGACCUUGGUCACCACAAAAAAGAGUAAUAGAAACCCUGAUAGGUCGCAGGGAAUACUUGAAGGGUUUAAGUCCACUCGGCAAACCUGAAAAUAAUCCACUGCCUCCUGCUCCCCCACGUGCCUAUUCCUACCUCGAAUCGAAUUUUGACUUCACUCCAGAAGAACCCAUCGGACAAGGUGGUUACGGCAAAGUGUUUAAAACAACGUUUAAAGCUGAUAAGAAAAUCUACGCUCUGAAAUAUUUUGGGAUGAUGGAGGAAGAUGAAGACCGCGAAUCCGCCGUUUUACAAAUGCUCCCCCCACACCCAAACAUAAUCCGUGUCAUAAAUUCCUGGACUGAAAGUGACAUUGUCCAGUAUUUGAAUCCCUCCAUACCUCCAGGCCCGGAGAAAUAUCACUUCAUUCAAAUGGAGUAUUGCAGUCAGGGUGACUUAAGGAACUGGCUGAAUCACAGAGAGCUUACCCAUGAAACAGAUGCGGAUCAAAUAUUCCGUCAAAUUAUCUCCGCCCUUGCACAUCUUCAUGGCGUCCAGCCUAAAGCUAUCAUUCAUCGGGAUGUCAAACCAGAGAAUAUUUUCAUGCAAAAGGAUCGUAAUAUUAAGCUGGGAGAUUUUGGCUUAUCACGAGAAAUUGAUAAGUUCGAUAUGACGAGCAGAACGGGGACUUCGUUCUACAAGGCUCCCGAGCUGAGAAUUCGACGUGGGAAAACGUACGACGUGUCAGUUGACAUCUAUGCAACUGGAAAGAUUUGCUAUGAAUUAUUUUGCGACAGUUUCAGCGUCAGGUUCGACAAGGAUGCGUGGGAGGAAGCAAUGGAUAAAGUGGAGAAGUUUGACUUUCUUGGAGAUUUUGAGGCAAAAUGGCCAGAAAAGGUUCCGUUGUUGAAAAGGAUGCUGGAUCAAAAUCCGUCAAAUCGACCUAGCGCUGCAACAAUUCAGAGCUAUUUGAACCGGGAGAUAACAUCCUUCGAAAUUCGAAAUUUGCACAAAGUACAAACAAUCACCAUCAGGAAAGAAAAUGCAACAUUGUAUAAUUCUAGUUUUAGGCGUUUUUUUUAAUAAAAUAAGCCAUCAAUUCGUUGAAAUUAAAUGUACUAAUUAUUUUAUAAUUUA